AUGUCCAAGAGAGGAGGUGACCAGCCCGUGUCCGGGGACACGGUCGGCGGUGGAGCGUGCGAAGCGUCGGAGCAGCACACGGUGUCGCUGCAGGCUCAGAAACGGCGUGGGAGCGUUGAGGCGACUCCGCCCCGGUGCGGCGAAGAGCCCGGCUGUGAGCGCGGAGGGGCGGCGCGGGGCGGUGAGGAGAGCCGGUGCGUCCGGGCGGCGGCGAGGAGCCGUGCGGGGCCCGUGCGGGCGGCGGCGGCUCCUUGGGCGGCGGCGAUGGUCGUGAGUUGGUGUUCCGUGUUGCGGGUGGUGGUGGUGGUGCAGGCGGCGUGGGCGCUGGUCGCUGGUCAGGUGCGGUACUCGGUGCCGGAGGAAGCCAAGGCCGGGACGGUGGUGGGUCGUCUGUCGCAGGACCUGGGCCUGGAGGCGGGCGAAGCGGAGUCGCGGCGCCUGCGUCUGGUGUCGCAGGGCCGUCGUGCGAGCGUGGAGGUGAGCGGGGCGAGCGGGGCGCUGGUGGUGAGCUCGCGUCUGGACCGGGAGGAGCUGUGCGGGAAGAGCGCGCCGUGCGCCCUGCGCCUGGAGGUGCUGGUGGAGCGGCCGCUGCGCGUCUUCCACGUGGAGCUGGAGGUGACCGACAUCAACGAUAACGCCCCGCUCUUCCCCGCCGCCCGCAAAAACCUCAGCAUCGCGGAAUUCACUACGCUGCCGGGGUCCCGGUUCCCGCUGGAGGGCGCGUCGGAUGCAGAUGUCGGAGCGAACGCGGAGCUCUCCUAUACACUCAGCCCCAGCGACAAUUUCGGUUUGGAAGUGAAAUCUAAAAAUGAAAACAAAGUGUCGCUAGUCCUCGUAUUAAAGAAAUCUCUGGAUCGCGAGACUUUGCCUGUGCACCGUUUGGUGUUGACGGCGAGUGACGGUGGCCGUCCGUCGCUGACGGGCACGAUGGAGCUGUUGAUCUCGGUGCUGGACGCCAACGACAAUGCGCCCCAGUUCAACCAGUCAGUGUAUCAAGUGCAGCUGCAGGAGAAUGUUCCCCCGGGAACUGUGUUUCUGCAGCUAACAGCGACAGACAAAGAUGAGGGAAUUAAUCAGGAGCUAUAUUAUUCGUUUAGCGAUACGAUGCCUGCCAAAGUUCAGGACCUUUUCAUAAUUGACAGAAAUUCCGGGGAAAUACGGACUGCCGGUGAACUGGAUUUUGAAGAUGUUCAGUCGUAUGACCUGGAGAUCGAAGCGAGAGACAAGGGGACGCCCCCGCUGUCGGGUCACUGCAGCGUGGAGCUGGAGGUGUUGGACGUUAACGACAACGCGCCGGAGGUGUGGGUGACGUCGCUGUCGGUGCCGGUGUCGGAGGACGCGGCGGUGGGGACAGUGGUGGCGCUGCUGAGCGUGUCGGACCGGGACUCGGGGUCGAACGGGCGCGUGCGGUGCGCGGUGUGGCCGGCGUCGCCGUUCGGUCUGGUGUCGACGUUCGCGGGGUCGUACUCGCUGGUGCUGCGGGAGGCGCUGGACCGGGAGCGGGUGUCGGAGUACGAGGUGGAGGUGCGUGCGGAGGACGGCGGGUCGCCGCCGCUGCGCGCCAGUCGCGGGGUGCGUGUGCCGGUGUCGGACGUGAACGACAACGCGCCGGCGUUCGCGCAGGCGGUGUACACGGUGCUGGCGCGGGAGAACAACGCGGCGGGCGCGGAGCUGGCGCGUGUGUGGGCGCGGGACCCGGACGAGGCGGGCAACGGGCGCGUGAGCUACUCGGUGUGGGAGGGCGGUGUCGGGGGCGCGUCGUCGGGCGGGGGGUGGCGGUCGGCGUCGAGCUACGUGUCGGUGGACGCGGAGAGCGGGCGGCUGUGGGCGCUGCGGCCGUUGGACUACGAGGAGGUGCAGGUGCUGCAGUUCGAGGUGCGUGCGGUGGACGCGGGGGAGCCGUCGCUGUGCGGCAACGCCACGGUGCAGGUCUUCGUGGUGGACGAGAACGACAACGCGCCGGCGCUGCUGCCGGCGUCGGGCGGCGGCGCGUGGUCCGGGUCGUCGUCGGAGGCGGCGUCGGUGCCGGGGUCGGGGUCGGUGUGGGCGUGGGCGUGGGCGUCGUGGGGGACGCCGGCGGGGCAGGUGGUGGCGAAGAUCCGGGCGGUGGACGCGGACUCGGGCUACAACGCGUGGCUGCGCUACGAGCUGUGGGAGCCGCGGGGGAAGGGCCCGUUCCGCGUGGGGCUGUACAGCGGCGAGGUGAGCACGGCGCGGGCGCUGGAGGAGGCGGACGGCCCGCGGCAGCGGCUGGUGAUCGUGGUGCGUGACCACGGGGAGCCGUCGCUCUCGGCCACGGCCACGCUGAGCGUGUCGCUGGUGGAGGGCGGCGAGGCGGCGCUGGCGGCCGCGGGCUCGUCGUCGUCGUCGUCGUUGUCGGGGGUAGGGCUGCGUCCGGCGGAGGGCGGCGCGUCGGUGUCGUCGUCUGCGGCGACGAACGUGUGGCUGGUGGUGGCGAUCUGCGCGGUGUCGAGCCUGUUCCUGCUGGCGGUGGUGCUGUACGUGGCGUCGCGGUGGGCGCCGCGGGCGGCCGUGCUGUCGGGGCCCGGUGCGGCGACGCUGGUGUGCGCCAGCGAAGUGGGGAGCUGGUCGUACUCGCAGCGGCAGAGCCGGAGCCUGUGCGUGGCGGACGGCGCGGGCAAGAGCGACCUGAUGGUUUUCAGCCCCAACUUCCCGCCGCCGCCGGCGCCGGCGCCCGUCCCCGCGGCGAAGGAGUCGAAUCCGGAGGCGCCCGCUCUCCUGGACACGGUCAGUGGCCCUCCCUUUCUCGCCUCUCGACCGUUUCCCUUUUCUCGCCCUUCUUUCCCUCCUGUCCCGUCCCCUGAUCAGUCGCUGUUGGGAGGGGUGCCUCAUCCCGCGGGGGCGGUGGGUGGUUGUCGGGUGCUUAAGGAUGUGAAUGGGACCUGUUAA